AGAAAGUGUUGUAUCUCUGUCUACGCUAAACUCAGUUCCCAAGAACCUGAAACUGAUCAUGGGAAUGGAGGAAGGGAUUAAGGAUAAUGCUUCACCACCUCCCAAUAUGAGGCAUACAAACCAAUCUAGGGCUCUUUUGCCGAUGCGGGUGCUCCAGGUGUUCUUGCUAUUCUUUGUUUUGGUUCUUGGAAUCUCAGUCGUUAGUAUGCACAUGAUCAAGUACUUAAAGAUUCAAACUUUUGCUCCAUCCACAUUGAUCUCUCCGUAUGAUGAGAGAGUUACAUUAGAGAGCUUUAUCAAACCUCCAUCGAGCGUUUGGCACUUCAUGAAUGACAGUGAGCUUCUUUGGCGUGCAUCGAUGCAGCCAGGGAUAUACAGAUAUCCGUUUAAAAGAGUUCCUAAAAUAGCAUUCAUGUUUCUCACCAAAGGACCUUUGCCGUUUGCUCCACUUUGGGAAAGGUUUUUCGAAGGGCAUGAGAGCUUUUACUCAAUCUAUGUUCAUGCGUUGCCUAAUUACAGAUCAGGUUUCCCAAGCUCAUCUGUGUUUUACAGAAGACAGAUCCCAAGUCAGCCUGUGGCUUGGGGAGAGAUGAGUAUGUGUGAUGCUGAAAGGAGGCUUUUGGCUAAUGCGUUGCUCGAUAUCUCUAACGAAUGGUUUGUUUUGCUCUCUGAAGCGUGCAUUCCUGUUCGUGGCUUCAACUUAGUCUACAAUUAUAUCUCAAGAUCAAGAUAUAGUUUCAUGGGUUCUGUUGACGAGAACGGGCCUUACGGGAGAGGUAGAUACAGCUAUGCAAUGGGACCAGAAGUCCGACUAAGCCAGUGGAGAAAAGGGUCUCAGUGGUUUGAAAUUAAUCGAGGACUUGCUGUCGAAAUUGUUGAAGACAUCGUUUACUAUAACAAAUUCAAAGAGUUUUGUAGACCUCCUUGUUAUGUUGAUGAACACUACUUCCCAACAAUGCUCUAUAUUGGAUACUCGGAUAUGCUCGCUAAUAGGACAUUGACUUGGACAGAUUGGUCAAGAGGUGGUGCUCAUCCAGCUACUUUUGGUAAAGCUGACAUCACAGAGAGGUUCCUCAAGAAGCUUUCACGUGGUCAUGGUUGCUAUUACAAUGAUCAGCCAUCUCAAGUGUGUUAUCUCUUUGCAAGAAAAUUUGCGCCAAGCGCAUUGAAGCCUUUACUCAAACUAGCACCAAAGGUUCUUGGGUUCUAAUGGGUUCUUUGUUUUUGUUCUGAAAUGUUUUGGAGUUUGAGUGUAGCUUUAGCAUGGACACAAACUGAUCAUUAUCCACAUUGCUAAUAUAGACAC